GCGAUCUCCACCUCCGCGGUUGCCGGCCGACCUCUUCCCCGCCGCCUCCGCCGCGCCUCGGGGCACCGGACCCGUCUCCAACCCCUAGAUCUCGCGCCCCCUCCGCCCCGCCGGCCGGUGGUCACGCCCCGCCUCUCCCGCCGCCGGACGAGCUCGCCGUGGGGCGGAGAGGUCGCCGCCGGCGACAGGAGCCACGCGAUGUCCAGGGAAUCCUGCCCUUUCUCCUCGCCUCAGUCCUUGGGGAUCCAUCCGUGCUAAUUUCCACCGUUGGCUUGCAGCCUUUUGUAUCGAGCAUGUGCUAAAUUGGGCACGCAGAAAUAUCAUCAAGUAUGCUGAUAUUACCGUUCCGAAACAUCCCAACUUGCCAGCAUUGGUCGGGGUAAAUUUGUCAAGUUAUCAAUUGAAGUGUGCUUGGUUAUUGAUUUCCAUUAAAUUGCAGCAUAGCUUGCUCUUCAUCUGAAAGUUUUCGAGGGUAGAUGUUUAUCGUGCACCAUGGUCGUUGGUAAUGACAUAGUUGACAUGGUUGGGUGCUAAAAGGACGAGAAGGGUUUGAAUAAACGGUCCGAUGAACAUUCUACUUGAGCUUAAGCAUCUCAAGCUCUUUAGCAUGCCCGCAAGACCUGUCAUCUGUAAAGGCCUUCUGAUAGUGAUUGCCCUUAUUUUGUUGAGAGCAAUUGUAUCUCCUUUUCUUGCUAUAGAUUCAUCUGAGAAGAAAGAAUUUUACGAGUCCACAGCCCCUGACUUGCUUCCUAGAAUUAGACGAGACAAGUUUCUUGAGGUCCCACAGAUCAUAUGGGGGUUGAACAAUCAGAAGAUUGCAUUCGCCAGAGCAUGCUUGACUGCAAGAUUCCUGAACAGAUCCCUUCUCAUGCCAAGCUUGAGUGCUUCUCUCUUCUACAAAGAGGUUGACUUGCUGCAGCCUGUCAGUUUUGACAAAGUGUUUGACUUUAACAAGUUCAAUGCGCGUUGCCAUGGCUUCGUAAGGUUAGCUCAGUAUUCAGAAGUUUCAAAUCGGACAGAGCCCUUCAAACUCCAAAAGGGGACCGGUAGAAGGUGGACGGCAGACAGAGAUUUGGAUCAACUACAGCAAUCCAUAGGCAGCAAUGUGGAUGACUCUGAAGUCAUUGAAAUCGUUGGGAAAAAUCCAUUUCUGUGGCCUGACCACUGGCCAGUCAAAGACUAUGCCAAAAUCUUCGAUUGCCUUGUCUUAGUUCCUGAGAUAGAAACCGAAGUGGUCAAGGUGAUAUCCAAGAUUAGAGAGGCAGGCCAAAGAGCAAGACAUGAAGCUGGGGGUUCUCAUAGUAAGCAGAGGAGAGAUAGCUCAACGAAUCCGCCUGUACCGUAUGUUGCUGUUCACAUGAGAAUAGAAAAAGAUUGGAUGAUACAUUGCAAGAAGUGGGAGCAGCGGUCCAAGUCACAUGAAAUCUGCAGUAGUAAAGAAGAGAUCAUUCAUAAGGUCUCACAGAUCACUGACCUACGUCGGCCGGUUGUUGUUUAUCUUGCGGUAGCUGACAGCCUUCUUGAAGACGAUUCAAUAACCAGUGGGUGGAGAGUGGGUAUGGUUGCUUACGAGAAGAAGAAGCUUGGUGUUACUGACAUCUACGAUCGUCAGCCAUAUCUUAUAAAGUCUGCCAUCGACUUCGAGGUGUGCUCGAGAGCAGACGUGUUUGUCGGCAACAGCUUCUCAACAUUCUCCAACCUCGUAGUGCUGUCCAGGACAGAAAGGCUGUACAACCUGGGAAAGGCGAGCUCGUGUGGCGAGAACAUCGGGCUUUCGUCGUAUGCGUACAAUGUCAUGGGCGACGAUGGUGGACCACAGAGAUGGAUGACAGAUAUGUCGGACACAAGCCUGCAGAGGUUAAGUUACGGAACAAAUAACGUCUCAUGCCACUGACUUUGACGCAUAGCAAACUUGACUGAACAUGAUGUAUACCUGAGGAAGAGUCCUUGCCCGACUUCGCUUUUUAUCGGCAAAGGAAGCAAGUAUGUGCAGCUAAUUUGACGUGCUUCUGUGUUCGAAGCUAGAGCCCACAUGUCGCACUUGUGAAGGACUAUGGCCAAGAGUUUAGAUGUGCUUAAAAGUGUUGACAGUGUUGGGCAGUUUGUAGUUUGUAUAACGCUGAAUGCUGCGCGAUGGCUUUUACCUGGGACCCUUUUGUUUUUUUAUGGUUUCAGAAUCAGACCUACACAUUCAAGUGUAUUUUGUUC